AUGGCUCAAUUGUUUGCCAAGGACCCCCGAAAUGCGGGUCUCUUCAUCGGAGGAGAGCGCAUGUCAGGAGCAGAGAUUAGAAACGAGAACGUCUUGGCUGCACAAAGCAUCGCAAACAUCGUCAAGAGCAGCCUGGGUCCUGUCGGAUUGGACAAGUGAGUAGAAAACAGCGGGCGCUGCGCACGGGUCAGGUUCUCGGGGCAUCUGGCUCAUCAUCACCUUGCUGUGUACAGAAUGCUGGUCGACGACAUUGGUGAUGUGACCAUCAGCAACGAUGGUGCCACGAUCCUCUCGCUGCUCGAGGUGGAACAGCCCGCGGGACGGAUCCUCGUCGAGUUGGCGACUCAGCAGGACAAGGAAGUUGGCGACGGCACAACCUCGGUAGUCAUCAUCGCUGCAGAACUCCUCAGGCGGGCGAACGAGCUGGUCAAGAAUCGCAUUCAUCCCACCACCAUCAUCACUGGGUACAGAUUGGCGAGUCGCGAGGCGACCAAGUAUUUGCAGGAUCAGUUGAGCUUGAAGGUGGAGCAGCUUGGCAAAGAGUCUCUGGUCAAUGUGGCUAAGACAAGUAUGGCUAGCAAGGUCAUUGGCAGGUGAGAGCGGUCCAGCAUCUCUGCGCUUCAUCUUAAUAAUGCUGAAAGUCUGUUCCCACACCUUGCCGUGCAGCGAUGACGACUUCUUUGCGCAGCUCGCAGUGGACGCCAUGCUUGCCGUCAAGACCAUCAACCCUCGCGGAGAGGUCAAGUACCCUGUGAAGGCGGUCAAUGUGCUCAAAGCACAUGGCAAAUCCGCGCGCGAGUCACUCUUCGUUAACGGCUACGCUCUCAACUGCACGGUAGCCUCUCAAGCAAUGAAAACGCGCAUCAAAAACGCUCGCAUCGCUUGCCUGGACAUCAACUUGCACAAGCAGCGCAUGCACAUGGGCGUUCACAUUACCAUCGAUGACCCAGACCAGUUGGAGAAAAUCAGGGCGAGGGAGAGCGAGAUUGUGUUGGAGCGCGUGCGCAAGAUUCUGGCAGCGGGUGCAAACGUCAUCUUGACGACGAAGGGCAUCGAUGAUCUUUGUCUGAAGGAAUUCGUGGAAGCUGGUGCUAUGGCAGUGAGGAGAUGCAGGAAGGAGGAUCUGCGCCGGAUCGCCAAGGCAACUGGAGGUCAAUUGGUCUCAAGCUUGGCUAAUUUGGAGGGAGAGGAGACGUUCGAGGCUUCGAGCUUGGGACAUGCAGAAGAGGUGGCACAAGAGCGCAUCUCGGACGAUGAACUGAUCUUGGUCCGGGGCACCAAGACCGUCAGCAGCUCUUCGAUCAUUCUACGAGGAGGCAACGACUAUCUUUUGGAUGAAAUGGAGAGGUCAUUGCACGACACGCUCUCGGUCGUCAAGCGCACUCUUGAGUCUGGGUCAGUCGUUCCGGGUGGUGGCGCUGUCGAAAGCGCUCUCAGCAUCUAUCUGGAGAACUUUGCUACUACUCUGGGAUCAAGAGAACAGCUGGCUAUCGCCGAGUUCGCGCAAGCGCUUCUGGUCAUUCCGAAGACGCUGGCUGUGAAUGCCGGAAAGGACAGCACUGAUUUGGUAGCCAAGCUGCGCGCGUACCACAAUGCUGCGCAGAACGCAAACGCAGGAGAUCCAAAGAAGGCUCUCAGACUCUACGGUUUGGACUUGCUGAACGGACAAGUUCGAGACAACGUCAGAGCGGGGGUGCUCGAGCCGACAAUCUCAAAAGUCAGAUCCCUCAAGUCUGCUGUAGAAGCUGCUACAUCGUUGUUGAGAAUCGAUGAUUCCUUCCGUAUUCCACCUCCCGAACAGCCCGAGGACCCUCACGGCCACAUGUAA